AUAUCAGUCGUGUUUACUAUAUGAGGCCGUGGUAUAAAUUCUUGAGAGUGCGCAGUUUGCGUCCUCAGAAGGUGAUGGAAAAGAAGGAGGAGGAGAAAUAGGAAGCAGGGAAACAUUUGGUUUUACUCUAUUUACCGUUUACUGGAUUUAACCGCAGCUGUGAAGGUGCUCUGGAUGCAGAGGAGGAGGAAACCAAAGAACGGAAGAAUUUGCUUCCUUUUAGAUGGUUAUUAUUUAAAAUACGAGCCUAAACUAUCGAGGAACAGACAUGCAAUCAACAGCGAUGGAGUCCUAUUUUCCGCACUGAGCUUCCAUUGCUCCGGUCUUUUUGAUGGCGCUCGUUCAUGAACCCCGUGCCUCCUCCCCCUCCCUGUCUGGCUUCAACACACCCAUCUCUGACCCGCCAUCCUUUCGCCGGCUCGAUGCCGAGACUCCCUGCACUCCAGAAAUGGACCUGACCCCGACCCAGUGCGUACUCCGGAACGUCCUCUCCAUAGACACCGGGGCUGCUAUGGAGCCUGGGGGAGGAGGAGGAAGAGAGGGGAAGACUCCUGGGCACAAUCAGACACCUGGCGAAGAACAACAGGAGCACUUUGCCAACAGUGUGCUGAAACUCCACGAGCAUGAGGGGAGCAGUGGAAGGACAGAGGGAGAGGGACAGGAUCCGGACCGCCCUGUGGUCAGGAGCCAGGUGGACGACGCCAGGUUGCAGUGCCAGUCCACGGGAGGGGGAGGGUUUCUGGAGGGGCUGUUUGGGUGCCUGCGGCCUGUCUGGACUAUGAUUGGCAAAGCUUACUCUACAGAGCACAAACACGUUCUGGACGAGGAGUGGGAAGUCCCGUUUGAGGAGAUUUCGGACCUACAGUGGGUGGGCAGCGGAGCCCAGGGGGCUGUUUUUCUGGGGAAACUCCACGGACAGGAGGUGGCUGUGAAAAAAGUACGAAACAUCAAAGAGACUGAUAUCAAGCACCUGAGGAAGCUCAAGCAUCCCAACAUAAUCACUUUCAAAGGUAUUUGUACUCAGGCGCCUUGUUACUGCAUCAUUAUGGAGUACUGUGCUCAAGGACAGCUGUACGAAGUCCUGAGAGCGGGCAGAAAGAUCACCCCAUCCCUGCUCAUGGACUGGGCCAUGGGCAUCGCCGGGGGAAUGAACUACCUUCAUCUCCACAAGAUCAUCCACAGAGACCUCAAGUCACCUAACAUGCUCAUCACCUAUGACGAUGCAGUGAAGAUCUCAGAUUUUGGAACCUCCAAGGAGCUUAAUGACAAGAGCACGAAGAUGUCUUUUGCUGGGACUGUGGCCUGGAUGGCUCCUGAGGUCAUCCGCAAUGAACCCGUUUCAGAGAAGGUGGAUAUUUGGUCAUUUGGCGUUGUGCUGUGGGAGAUGCUGACGGGGGAGGUGCCCUACAAGGACGUGGACUCCUCCGCAAUCAUCUGGGGAGUGGGAAACAACAGCCUGCAGCUGCCUGUGCCCGAUAGCUGUCCAGACAGCUUCAAGCUACUCCUGAAACAAUGCUGGAACUGCAAGCCAAGAAACAGACCUUCAUUUCGACAAAUCCUCCUACAUCUUGACAUUGCCUCUGCAGACAUACUGUCUACUCCACAAGAAACUUAUUUUCAGUCUCAGGCGGAGUGGAGAGACGAGGUGAGACAUAACUUUGAGAAGAUUAAGUCUGAGGGGACAUGUCUUCACAGACUGGAUGAGGAACUCAUCAAACGACGCAGAGAAGAACUCAGACAUGCACUGGACAUCCGGGAGCACUACGAGCGGAAACUGGAGCGAGCCAAUAAUCUCUACAUGGAGCUUAACGCUAUCAUGCUGCAGCUGGAGAUCAAAGAGAAGGAGCUUCUCAAGAGGGAGCAGUCAUUGGACAAAAAAUACCCCAGCUGCUUCAAGCACCACAGCUCCAGACAAUCGGCCUCCUCCAACUCCAUGGAGAAGCUCAUGAAGAAACGCAACGUACCGCAGAAACUACCUUCACACAGCAAGAGACCAGAUUUACUGAAGUCAGAAGUCAUCCUGCCCAAACUGGACUCAUCUAUGACCCAGGUCACCAUCCCCAACAAAGGCUCCACCUCCCCUGGCCGCUCUCGCCGAGGAAAGCCCCGCUACAGGAAGGCCGGCAAGGGCAGCAGCAGCGACCUGGCUCAGCUGAAAGCCACUCUGUCCUCCUCCCUAGCAAUGAUCAAUGCCACCUCAUCCGUUCCCAGCAGCAAGCACCGUCUGGACCCCACAGCGGCGAUCAGGGGCCUCCAGCAUGACCUGCUGCUCAAGAAGAUGUCCUCCUCCAGCCCUGAUCUCAUUUCAACCACCCUGGAGGCAGAGGUUCGCAGGAAGGGGCAGCUAAGGCCUGGAUUGGACAGAGCAGGCAGUCAGAGCGCCUCCGCUGGGCUGGAAGACAGCGGAGAAACCGAGGGGCCAAGGGACAGGCAAGAUGUGGUGGUAGGGGGCGAUGACCUGGUGGAGACGCCCCCACGGAGCGACACGCCCAGCGAAGACGCAGCAUCCAUUCCAUUCUCCAGCAGCCCAGAUUCACCGUGUGGAAGAGGGGCCGCUGCAGGAAGAGCGUCUGUUCUGGGGAAUGCUCGGGUCUCCCAUGAAGUGGAGGACAAGGAGGAGGGGACAGUGAUUACACGCUCACCCAGAAGUCAGCGCCGCCUCACGCCUGCAGCCUUACUGUACAGGGCGGCAGUCACACGCAGUCAGAGACGUGGCCUUUCUUCAGAGGAAGAGGAGGGAGAAGUGGACAGUGAGGUGGAGCUGCCCAGGAGACGGCGGCCAGUGAGCAUCUCCAAAUGUCAGUCGCUGUCAAACUUCAGCCUAGAAAACCUAUCAGUGUCAGACGGCGAGGAGGGAAACACCACCGACCACUCCCACAGUGGCACACCCGACGUAGUCAGCACCAACACGGACGAGCGGCUGGAUGACAAAAGCGACGACUUGCUAUCUCAGGGCUCAGAAAUCCCAGCUGACCCCUGUGAUCCGAGCCAGCUGGGCUCUGAUGGACUGUCUGAGAGAGAAGCUGAAGUACGACAAGUCAAGACGCAGCUCGCUUUGAGUGAACAUAACUGUGAGGGCCUGUACGACGACUCGGACUGCGACAGUGCAGAACUGGACCAUUCAUGCAGCGCAGAGCCCAAUCAGCCACCAACCAACUGGUGAAGCCCAAAAAUCUGAACCCACAAGAUCUGUACAUCUACAUCUCUGCAUCCUUCUUUUACUGUCAGACAUUAGGAAACCCACAGAGACAACCACAGGAGGGAUUGAGUGCAGAAAGGAAAUUAAAACCUUAUCAGAAAAUCUGUGGAUAUAAAACUAGAGGCACUCUGACAGACAGCAAAGCAAUCCGUUUUCAGCUCCAGGACACUACAUCUCAGAGAGGCCAGUAACAAGACUGUCCGUUCAUGUCUUCAGUCAUCUUCUAUGUUUAUUUUUAUAUUUAUUUAUUUUAUACUGUCCAGUGAAAAUAUGAUUAGGAGAUCAUUUCAGGGUUUUUACAACAAGUUUGACCUGCACUUAUUUCUUAAGAUCUACUGUGUCAUAAUCUUUUUCCUUUAAAUAUUAUGCACUUAUUAUUUUAAUGUGAAACGGCUGAUAAAAAAAAAAAAACAGUUUACAUUUAAGGUUGUUUGCAAUUAUUUAUCAUAGUUUUUCCAUUCAUUGUCACUGUUAAUAUAAGAUGUUGUAAAAUGAACAAAUGUUUUUAUACUUGAGAUUGUAUAACUGAAGGUGCUGACAUUCCUCAGCAGGUGGCGCUAUUAUAUAAGAACCUCAUAAAGCUUUUGCUGGUAGAAUGUAACUUUACCUGCUGUUCAUGUCUGAUCUCAAACAUACAAAGUAUUGCAGUAUUUAAGUAUUUUGCAGGGGCAAAUGUGUUUUUGGAGAGUUUGAAGGAUUUGUAACAUUUAAAAAGCAUGUUUGUAAGAAAAAAGUAUGCAUAUUUAAGAUGUUUUGAUAUUUCAGUCCAGAAAAUAUUGUUUUUGUGAAAAUUAAACCAACCCUUAGAUGAACAAAUGCUGAUAAAGCAUGUACAGGUGCACCUCAAUAAAUUUAAAAACUAUCAUCUGAAAGGUAAUUUAUCUCAGGUAGUUCAACUCAAUAGGUGGAACUCAUGUACUAUAUAGAUUUAUUACACAGAGGCCUGUAUUUUUCAGCAAUUUAUUUAUUUUUCAUUUUGAUGAACUAUAGAUUACAGUGAAUAAAACCCCAACUUCUCAAAAAGUUUAAAUAAUUGCAGUCAUCUUUAGCAAUUAACUUUUUCAGCCUCAUUAUGGAGGGUUCAGUGACUAUCUGCAGGAAUAAAGACGAGUCAGCUAUCUUGUACAUGAUUGUGUUGGCUAUAACACGUCAAUUAGAAAUAAUUUUUGUUAUUCCGCAUAUAGAAUUGGUUUGUGUAGUAUUCUAACAAACUCAAUUUCAGGCCAUAAUCAUCAAAACUAAAAGUAAUGC